AUGCGUGUCCGAUCGCUGGUCGACCUGGCCACGGCCGCCUGUAUCAAGAAUAUCCGCGGGCUCGAAGGCGUCGGCGACUACCUCCCCUACGAAAACGUCAGGCACAUUCUCCUCCGGGUUGAGAAUGCCCACCAGCUUCGCCGCAUCGAACUCAACUCCCCGCAGAUUGAAGGCAAGACGGGCGAGAUCUGGCUGAAGCUUAUAGAGAAAGACUUCCCCAUCGAAUACCGGGCCCGCGGCUACAAGCCCCAGGACCCCAAGAAAUGGUUCAAGGUUUGGGAGAAGUAUAAACGAGAGCACGAUGACUCGGUCAAGGAGAGCGCCAUGAAGCUCAAGGACGCCUUUGCCGGGCUCAGGCAGGACAGAGAGAAGAACACGAGCAAGAUCGUUGAGAGGCGGUUGCUUCCACGCAGUGGCGCUACAGGGCCCCCCAGAAGAUAUGGACCUCGAGAAGGAACUUCCAACUCUCUCAUGUUCGGUAGUGGUAGCCGCACCAAGACCCUCAGUGGCGCCGGGGUUAUGCGCAAGGUUAGACGAGAGGUCAAGGAGAUCGCAAAUAUCCACGGCAGCUUGUCCAAGUCUGUCAGGGGACCUGUUCGGCACUCUGGUGUGAACAAGGCCCCGGUGUCAAUGGUGAAUGCAUACAAGAGAGCCGCAAGACCAGCACAGGCGCCAUCGCGCCCACCGCCACAAGAGCCACCCAAGGUGCCAUCUGCUGUCACGGAGCAUGAAGCCAGAGCGACAUUCAUCUCAGAUUCCGAGGACGACGAUAAUGGCGGCGACUACCUGUUUGACGAAUCAGAGAGACCACCACCGCGGAAACCCAUCAUGCGGCAACCAACGGAUGGACCGUCACCCUCAAAGCCAAAAUCGCUGGCUGGAAUGAGUAGGAUGGCGCAGAAAUUCGGCGGCGGGUUCAGUAGCACCUCUUCAGUGAAGAAGGUGUCUUCGGCAAAUCCCUCCUCGGCAUCAUCUAUCUCUCAUACAUCACCCCGGAAACCCAAAUCGAGGUUCAGUGGUGUGUCUUCUGGACCAGGGCCACGUCAAUCAUCACCUAACAAUGAGCCCUCGAGUGGCGGUGCAUCAAGUUCGUCAACAAACCUACCACCUCUGGUACGGAAGCGCAAAACGACGGACAUCUUCAUGCGGCCAAGGAAAAGGCCCAACUAG